AUGGGGCGCGUGGGCUUUUUCUCGUUCCCUCUUCCUCUCCUGCACACCGGAGGCUACAUCGAGUUCAAACUCCCAAAACAAAAUACAGGAGGACGGGCAGCACCUUCCGAGACUCCGACAGACAGAAACCCGCCAGCCAGGAGCCAGCAGUUCAACGCUGCUCCCCAGCACUCUGCCUAUCCGUCACGUGAUUCACCGAUGACAGUGUUUAGGAGGAUUAGUUCGACCAAUCGCCGCAAGAUCAAGGGCGAUCUUUGCUGCCAGCUUGCAGCCUCCAGGCUCCUGAGGGGGUGGGAGAGAAAUCAAAGGGAAAAUCUGGAAAUAGCAGAGUUUCCCCUCUCCCAUCCUCUCCUUUCCUUCCGCUGCCUCCCCUUUUCUCACGCUCCCCCCCCCAGCUUUUUUUUAACUCUCCACUCUCUUCUCGUCCCUCCUUUCUUACCUUUCGUCUUCCUCGCACUUUCACUAACCGUGGGGACUGAUUCAGCAAAUACUGUUAGCAACGGCAGCCGUUCAGAAGAUGGGUUGGGCAUACAGUUAGCAGCUUCAGGAUAUCCGAGCAGGAUGAAGAUAAGAUCGGAGAACCAUAGCGAUGAAUCAGAUGAUCAGAGUGUACCUGUUUAUCCAAAGAACGUAGGGCAGGAUUCUUUUGAAGACCUUGACCUGGAGUUACACGCAAGCUUCGGUUCUUUGCGGGAAUGGGACCUGUUCUCGGGGUUCCAUAAGUGGCCGCUAUUUGAUAUGCCAAAUUUGGCCUGAGAGUCUUGAUUGUGAAAGCCUAAGAUCUCGGGGCUCCGGGGAUGGGCGGAUCAAGGGUCAGAGUCACGGCAGGAGACUCGUGUGUCAUCAGGGAGGCUGGAAAAUCUUUCGCUGUGGGCCCGAAGACCAGAGGUCCUUGCAAUCUUCUGACACAGAGCUUGAAAAAGGGGAUGAAACUGACUUUUAACAUUAUAAACCAGCGGGUUGUGUUCUAUCUCCCGUUCACUGUGAAAAUGGGGGGCACCUCCCUCUCCCUUGCCAGGGGAAGAGAGAGCCUGUGGUUUGUCGAGUGUCAGAUGAAAUGUAAAGCCUUUGGGGUAACUUUGGUCUGUAUCUUUGCUAUUGCUUAGCACAUGCUUGGGCUCGGUGACGGUACUGAUGUGCUUUUUUUGCUGUUGGGGGGAGGGGGGAUUGUUGCUUGCUGCCACU